CACACUGUCAGCAGGGCAAAGAUGGCGCUGCCUACAAAACAGUAUGGGCUUAUCUUGCCCCAAAAGAAAGGGGGGUCAAAGACCAACAUCCUGCCAAAACCUUCAGUUUUUGGAGAUGACUCCGAUGAUGAAACCACAGUUGGGGAGACUCUGCAAAAGGAGGCCAUCAAAAAGAAGAUGAUGAAGCAGACUCGUUUGGAGAUGCAGAAGGCCUUGGAACAGGACAGCACUGUUUACGACUAUGAUGCAGUCUAUGAUGACAUGCAGAAGCAGAGACUUGAGAGCAAGAAAAAGGUCCUGGAAGGUGCUGACAAAAGGCCUAAAUACAUUCACCAGUUAAUGAAAGCUGUGGAGGAUCGAAAGAAAGAGCAAGAGCGGCGAGAUGAGCGGAAAAUUCAGAAGGAGAGGGAGGCAGAGGGGGAGAAGUUUGCAGAUAAAGAUGCCUACGUUACAUCAGCCUACAAGAAGAAGCUAGAAGAACAGAAGGAGGAAGCAGAGAGAGAGAAACGACAGGCAGAGAUCGAAGCUGCUCUGGAUGUGAGGAAGCAGAAGGACCUGAGCGGCUUCUAUCGACACCUGCUGAAUCAGACUGUUGGAGAGGAGGAGAUCCCAGAUCGCUCAGCAAACAAAAAUCAACCGUCAGAUUCUUCAAAGGAAGCUGAGAGGACCUCACCCGCCUCCUCCCCUCCAUCUAAUGAGAACAUUGCCAGCUCAGGCUGCGACUCUGAGGAGGACCACCAGCCAAAGACUGGAUUUAAUAAACCAGGAGGAGGCUCAGCUCAUUCGAAUCGUCAGUACAGGCAGAGGUCGCCUUCAUCAGAGAGUGGAGAGGAGAAGGGAACGGAAAGAGACAGACAUAAGAAGAGCCACAAAGACAGAGUGAGAGACCGAGAUCGACACCAUGGGAGAGAGAGGGAUGACAGACAUGGAGACAGAAGUGAUCGGGACAGAAAAAAAGAGAGGGACAGAGAUCGAAGUAGAGAUGAGGACCGCAGCAGAGGGAGGAGAGAUUUACAGAGGGAAGAGAGGCAUGGAAAACAGGAAAGAAGCCCCAGAGAAAGGCACGGAAAGAGGGAGAGAAGUCCUGAGAGGCAGCAGGAGAAAAAAAGUGAGAAAGAGAAGAGGAAUUCAGAUGAAGACAGACGGAAGGACAAAGACCAGCAUGAGGAGACGGAUAGGAAAGAGCCCGAGAAAGAAAAGGCAGCAGUGAAGGAGGGAAAAGAUGCUGAUGAUGAAAGAUCAGUCAGGCAGGAUUCAAAGGAAAAGGAAGACAAACAGAAAAAAGAGGGGGAGGAGAAAGUGGACGCAGAGGAAAAGGCAAACAAGUUUGCAAAGCGCAGCACGGAACAGACUGUGACUUCAGCACGAGAUCGCUACAUGGCAAGGCAGAUGGCACGCUCGGCAAAUAAGAGCUACAUCGAAAAGGAAGAGGACUGAGCUCCAUGCCUAAAACAAAGAAAAGCAUCUCUGUUUCACUGGACCUUUGACUCUGUAGGAUAAGAAUAAUUCACAGACAAAAAAAAAAA